UGCGAAGGUGUUGUGAAGGAAAUCAACAUCACGCACCACGUGAAGGAAGGCUCCGAGAAAGCCGACCCCUCGCAGUUUGAGCUCCUGAAGGUGCUGGGACAGGGCUCGUUCGGCAAGGUCUUCCUGGUGAGAAAAAUAACACCGCCAGACAGCAACCACCUCUAUGCCAUGAAGGUGCUGAAGAAGGCGACGCUGAAAGUGCGUGAUCGAGUAAGGACGAAGAUCGAACGGGACAUCCUGGCUGAUGUAAACCAUCCCUUUGUGGUGAAGCUCCACUACGCAUUCCAGACGGAGGGGAAGCUGUACCUCAUCUUGGAUUUCCUCCGAGGAGGUGACCUUUUCACUCGGCUUUCCAAAGAGGUCAUGUUCACCGAGGAGGACGUGAAGUUCUACCUAGCAGAGCUGGCGCUGGGGCUCGACCAUUUGCACAGCCUGGGGAUCAUAUACAGAGACCUCAAACCAGAGAACAUCCUGUUGGAUGAAGAAGGGCACAUCAAACUCACAGAUUUUGGCUUGAGCAAGGAGGCCAUAGACCACGAGAAGAAAGCCUACUCCUUCUGCGGGACCGUGGAGUACAUGGCGCCAGAGGUGGUGAAUCGCCAGGGCCACUCCCACAGCGCUGACUGGUGGUCCUACGGGGUGUUAAUGUUUGAAAUGCUCACCGGCUCGCUGCCCUUCCAGGGGAAGGAUCGGAAGGAGACCAUGACCCUCAUCCUCAAAGCAAAGCUGGGCAUGCCGCAGUUCCUGAGCGCCGAAGCACAGAGCCUCCUGCGAGCUCUUUUCAAAAGGAAUCCAGCCAACAGAUUAGGUUCUGGACCAGAUGGGGCGGAAGAGAUCAAGCGCCAUCCUUUCUACUCUACCAUCGACUGGAAUAAGCUGUACCGCAGGGAGAUCAAACCGCCCUUCAAGCCCGCCGUGGGCCAGCCAGACGACACCUUUUAUUUUGAUGCAGAGUUUACGUCGCGUACGCCGAAAGAGCUACCGGGAGGCCCAAGCAGUCUGUCAGCUCGCUGGGUGCUGCAGGGAACUCGUCGCGUUGCACAAACCCUUCCCUGAGCUCUCCCAGCCCAUCUGCUCUCCGCUCUCCUCCCGCAGCAGCUGCACGGCAAGAACGUCCAGUUCAGCGACGGCUACGUGGUGAAGGAGGCCAUCGGCGUCGGCUCCUACUCGGUGUGCAAACGCUGCAUUCACAAAGCGACCAACAUGGAAUACGCUGUCAAGGUUAUUGACAAGAGCAAGCGAGACCCUUCCGAGGAAAUAGAAAUCCUCCUGCGCUACGGGCAGCAUCCAAACAUCAUCACCUUGAAAGAUGUGUACGAUGACGGGAAGUACGUGUAUCUGGUGACGGAGCUGAUGCGGGGAGGGGAGCUGCUGGAUAAAAUCCUCAGACAGAAGUUUUUCUCGGAGAGGGAAGCCAGUUCGGUGCUGCACACGAUCUGCAAAACGGUGGAAUAUCUGCAUUCCCAGGGGGUGGUUCACCGGGACCUGAAACCCAGCAAUAUUCUCUAUGUGGACGAGUCAGGAAACCCCGAAAGCAUCCGCAUUUGUGACUUUGGCUUUGCCAAGCAGCUGCGGGCUGAGAACGGCCUGCUCAUGACUCCCUGCUAUACCGCAAACUUCGUGGCACCCGAGGUACUCAAACGCCAAGGCUAUGACGAGGGCUGCGACAUCUGGAGCCUGGGAGUGCUCCUGUACACGAUGCUGGCAGGCUGCACUCCAUUUGCAAACGGUCCCAGUGACACUCCGGAGGAGAUCCUGACCCGGAUAGGCGGGGGGAAGUUCUCCGUCAGUGGGGGCAAUUGGGACACUAUCUCCGACAUGGCCAAGGAUCUGGUAUCGAAGAUGCUCCACGUGGAUCCUCACCAGCGUCUCACGGCCAAGCAGGUCCUGCAGCACCCGUGGAUAACCCAGAAGGACAGCUUACCCCAGAGCCAGCUGAAUCACCAGGAUGUUCAGCUUGUCAAG